GAGAAGUGUGGGGGGCUGGUCUUUGCGCAACUGAACCUUGUUGACCUUUUGCACCAGAUACGUCUGUAGACAGACUACAGAUUAUUUAACUCUUUCUUUGAGUUGUGCAUACAGAAGCACAAAGCACGCACACCGACACACUGACGGAAAUACAAAGCUUCCGACCGUCCCACUUUCAUUGCCAUCGGCGGAAGACCGACUUGCCAUCUACACUUUGCAGAGGACAGGCACUGACAGAGACCUGAUGGUAGGCACUGACAGAGACUUGAUGGGAGGCACUGACAGAGACCUGAUGGCAGGCCCUGACAGAGACCUGAUGGCAGACACUGACAGAGACUUGAUGGCAGACACUGACAGAGACCUGCAGGACCUUACCAACACACUGACACACAUUUCCAGCGGGUAUGGCAUGAAGAUCAGCUCUGGCAAGAACAAAGUCUUGGGGAUCAAAGACCUUGUUACUAACAUGACAGUACAAAGUGUGAACUACAGACUGUGUUACUGUGAAUGUGACUUCAUCAUGAUGAAGAGUGUGCUACCGACACAAAAUUUCUAUUUACAAGUCAGUGCUGCACUUCUACAAAUGGGUUUUUAAAUCAAAGACCAUGUUUCCGAAAAUGAACUAAAGACUGAUAAUGGAUAUGAAGUUUUCCAAAGACUAUGGUGCCGUAGAGAUGUGUCUGCAGAAAGGUAUCCGCCAGAUGUUACACAUGUUGAGGACGCGGGGAUGUCACAUCAACAGGCGCCGCGUUGGCGCAGUGGUGAUGCUGGCUGUGGGCUUUAGCCUGACCUUUGUAGUCUUCAGCAAGUCGACCUUUCAGGAUGGCAAAUUUCAAGACUGGAAAGAAGGUGUUGUCCCUCGGAAAAGAAGACUUCUACAGUGAAAUUCUUCAAGACGGUGGAAGGACAAGACACCUUCCUGUAUUCCGCAAUCGUCAACCACGAGGAGCCUGUUCACGGGGAGAUAAACAUCAUCAUCACAGCCUUCGACUCCACAGCCACGGAUGACCUCACUUGUUGUGUUGUGAU